GUGCAUCAUGUACAGCGUUUGGCUUUUAAUACUGUGUACUACAAAUGUAUUUAGUACUAACAUCCUCUACAUUUCUCCGGUACCAUCUCCAAGCCAUCACAUUUGGAACCGAAUUUUUGGGUUUGAACUGGCCAAAAGAGGUCACAACGUGACUUUCUUUAGUCCAGACAAUGACAACAACGAAUCGGGGAAUUAUUCCCACAUAUUAAUGGACGGCCUCUACGACCAAUUCAACAAAAACAUAAACCUCAAGGACAUGCUCGAUUACACUGCAACUCAAGCCAUAACCGAAUUCGUCAAAAUGUGCAUGGUAUCUUGUGAAGCGUACCUAGAGUCAAAGGGUCUCCAAUUCAUCCUCAACUAUCCCUCUAAUUUUAAAUUUAGCCUAAUCAUAUUCGAUGUAUCGAUGGGUUCGUGCCUCUACCCUUUAUUACACAGGUUUGACUACCCUCCAGCAGUUGCGGUCACCCCAUUUCUCCUACCUCCAUACGUGGCAUACAAUUUUGGGAACCUCUUGAACCCCUCCUACACUCCAUGGUACAACCUUCCGUACUCCCACGAAAUGACUUUCAUGCAAAGAGUUUGGAACAGCGCACACAUGUACACUGAGAUAAUCCUAAGAAAUGUCAAACUGUACAAAGACGAGCACGAAAAAACGAAACAAAUUUUUGGUGAAGUACCACCUAUGGAGGUCCUUGAACGCCAUUUCUCGCUGCUGCUUACCAAUACCAACCCUAUUUUAAACGGUCCUCAACCUCUAGCACCCAACGUCAUCGCUGUUGGUGGUCUCCACACGCGAAAACCAAGCCAAGUACCACAGGACUUGCUAACCAUCCUCGAUGGCGCUACAAACGGAGUGAUCCUUUUUUCGUUAGGUACCAAUAUACGGUCAGACCAAAUCGACCACAAAGCUAGGAAGGCUGUUCUAGACGCAUUUAGUAAAAUUAAAGAAACUGUAAUCUGGAAAUUUGAGAGUACUAUAGACGGUUUACCCAAGAACGUAAUUGUCAGAGAAUGGUUGCCGCAAAACGAUAUAUUGGGACACCCGAAUGUCAAACUGCUGUUUGGACAUGGUGGUGGUUUGAGUAUCCAGGAAGCUAUAUACCAUGGAGUACCAAUAAUCUGUGUUCCUUUCAUGUUGGACCAGCACUUCAACGCCCACAAUCUGGUUGCCAAAAAGUUGGGAAUUUUGCUCGAGUUUAGACUCAUAACAACAGAUUAUGUUUUGAAAAAGUUGCGCGAGAUUCUUGACGAUCCAACAUACGUGAACAAUGUACGCAAGUUGUCGAGACAAUUUAGAGAUCAGGCGAUCACACCACUGGACAAAGCUGUGUUUUGGGCCGAAUAUGUGAUGCGUCAUGGUGGUGCCAACUUCAGUACUUCGUUUAGGGACUCUUCGUUCUAUUCUUUGUUAGGGUUAGACGUGUGUGGACUGUUAAUUGUAAUCAUUGCUAGUAUUUCCAUUGUAGUUUUUAAAUUAGUUAAAUUGAACCUGAUUGUCGGCAAGAACACAAACAUGCUGAUAUUUCUGAUUGUGGUCGUUGUAAGUGCACAUCACGUAAAAAGUGGUAACAUUUUAUACGUUUCCGUGGCACCAACACGAAGCCACCAUAUCUGGAAUCGAGUGUUGGCAUUUGGUCUGGCGAAUAAAGGCCACAAUGUGACACAUUUAACGCACGACAGAGAUGAGGUGAAACCUGUCAACUAUACCCAAAUUUACGUAGAGGAUGCCUACAAAGUAGCCCAACACACCCUAGACUGGAUCAAAUUGUCAAGAAGUGGCAUACUUGAAAAUAUUUUUGGAUUUGUAAAUAUGUGUGACACAAUUUGUACAGUAGCUUUAAAAUCACGAGGUUUGCAACAAUUGUUACAUUAUCCUAGGGAGUUCAAAUUUGACCUUAUUAUUAUUGAUGCUACAAUGGGCAGCUGCUUCUAUCCUCUCAUUCACAGAUUCAACUACCCUGCAACUAUAGCAGUAACUACUUUACUUCUGCAAACAACCAUAGCGUACAAUUUUGGCUAUAAUUUGCAACCUGCUUACGUACCAUGGUACGGUCUCCCUUAUACCACCGACAUGAGUCUGACGCAACGUUGGUGGAACUACCUAGUUACGUAUAUGGAAACUGCGGUAAAAAAUCUUUACCACAACAAACUAGACAACGAAUCUGCGAAAAAAGUAUUUGGACACGACAUACCAUCGGUGGAAAAACUAGAACGCCAUAUUUCUUUAUUGUUAGCCAAUACGGACCCUGUACUAGACAACCCGCAAGGGUUGGUCCCGAACAUUAUUCCCGUUGGAGGUCUUCAUCUAGAAAAGAAAGCUAAAGAACUACCUCAAGAUUUAGAAACCAUCGUGGGUGGUGCUAAAAAUGGCAUCGUUGUAUUUUCUUUGGGGUCAAUUGUACGCGCCGACAGUUUAGACAAACAGUUACAAAAAUCUUUGCUUGAAGCUUUCAGUUACCUAAAUGAAACCAUCAUCUGGAAAUUUGAAAGCGAAAUGGAAGAUCUGCCCGAGAAUGUGGUUCUAAGAAAGUGGCUACCCCAAAGCGAUAUUUUGGGUCAUCCUAACGUGAAGCUUUUCAUUGGGCAUGCUGGAUCUUUGAGUACUCAAGAGGCUAUAUACCAUGGAGUGCCCUUGGUAUGUCUCCCGUUUGCUAUGGACCAGCAUGUCAACGCGCAAAAUGUAGCACAUAGAAAGCUCGGGAUCUCGAUAGAUUAUAAGAAAAUCACGACUGACUACAUGUUGGAAAAUAUACGAGAAGUUUUAAACAACCCGAUUUAUUCUGAAAACGUGAAAAAAGUUUCGAGGAGAUAUAGAAGCAGAUUGAACACUCCCUUAGAGAGGGCGAUUUUCUGGGCGGAAUAUGCUAUGGAACAUGAUGGUGCACAGUUUUUGAGCACCCGGGCACGCGAUCUUCCAUUUUAUACAGUUUUGGGAUUGGAUAUUUUUGCCUUGUUUAUUCUAGCAUUACACAGCGGUAACAUCUUGUACAUUUCCACGGUACCAACACGAAGUCACCAUAUUUGGAACCGACCAUUGGUUUUUGGUUUGGCGAAUAAAGGUCACAACGUGACACAUUUAACACACGUCAAAGAUGAACUAAAACCGGUUAACUGUUCUCAGAUUUAUGUGGAAGAUACCCAUAAAGCUGUCAAUCAAAGCGCAAUCUUCUACACACUGUCGAAAAAUUUUGCGAUUCAAAAUAUUUUUAUCCAGAUUAACAUGUGUCAAAUGGUUUGUACAACAAUUUUAAAAUCACGUGGCGUGCAACAGUUGUUAGAUUAUCCCACGGACUUCAAGUUUGAUCUGAUCAUUAUUGACGCCACGAUAGGAAACUGUUUGUACCCUCUGAUCCACAGAUUCAACUACCCAGCAACAAUAGCAGUGAGUACCUUAUUUCAACAACCACACUUAGGGUACAAUUUUGGCAACAAUUUACAACCUGCAUACGUACCGUGGUACGGGUUUACUUAUACAAGUGAAAUGAGUUUGGCACAACGCUUUUGGAACUACGUAGUCACUUAUGGCGAAACUGUAGCCAAAAAUGUUUACCAGAACAGACUAGAACAUGAUGCUUGGAAAAAUGUAUUUGGGAACGAUGUACCGCCAUUGGAAAAAAUAGAGCGCCAUAUUUCUCUGUUGUUUGCCAAUACGGACCCUGUACUAGACAGCCCACAAGCGUUAGUACCGAAUAUCAUUCCCGUUGGAGGUCUACAUAUCGAACAGAAAGUUAAGAAACUCCCUCGGGAUUUAGAAACUAUCAUCGCAGGUGCCAAAAAUGGGGUCAUUUUAUUUUCUUUGGGAACGAUUUUACGUGCCGACGGCUUAGAAAAACAGUUACAAAAAUCUCUGGUUGAAACUUUCCGUCGUCUCAACGAAACGGUCAUAUGGAAAUUUGAAAGUGAAAUCGAAAAUCUGCCCGAGAAUAUCGUUGUAAGGAAAUGGCUACCACAAAGCGACAUUUUAGGGCACCCUAAUGUAAAGCUCUUCAUAGGGCAUGCCGGGUCUUUGGGUACUCAGGAGGCUAUAUAUCAUGGGGUGCCCAUGGUUUGUCUCCCGUUUUUUCUGGACCAGCAUGUCACUGCCCAAAAUAUCGCACAUAGAAAGCUCGGGAUCUAUGUUGAUUAUAAGAAAAUCACAACUGAAUACUUGUUGGAAAAAAUAACAGAAGUUUUUAACAACCCCAUUUAUUCUGAAAACGUCAAAAAAGUUUCGAGGAGAUAUAGACAUAAGUUGGAAACCCCUUUAGAGAGGGCGAUUUUCUGGGCGGAGUAUGCUAUGGAACAUGAGGGUGCCCAUUUUUUGAACACCCGGGCACGGGAUCUUCCAUUCUAUACAGUUUUGGGAUUGGAUGUUUAUAUUUUGUUCAUGGUAGUGUCAAGUUGA